AUGCCGUCCGUGGAAUUUGCAGCUUCAUCAGGCCACGGUACUGGCAACGAAUUCGGCACAGACUUCAACGCCUCUCGAGUGGCGUCAUGGGAGGCACAAUUUGAAGAUUCCACGACAAUGGCCACUACAUCCAUGGCGGGCUCUCCUGGAGCGCCCAAGACUCCUGCUCCAACUGAUAACAUUACGCCAGGACAGCGGAUGGUCUCUGCGACCGCCGGCAAUGUCUUGACCGGACUACUAGGUGAGUCGGAAGAGCUUCCGAUCCUUGGGAACCCCGUAUUAACAGCUCCAGUGACUCCUCUGGAUGUCGUACGAGUCCGCCUACAGUCGCAAUCACAACUCUCCAACACUUCGCCUUUCACCUCCCACACCACCCAAACCUUGAAAAACCUCCCUCCGAGCCUCGGCAUCACCUCCUGCUGUCGCGAAGUAUUCUGGGUCGGCAACGAUGCUCAGAUGUGCAUGCUAGGACCCCAAGUCACAGCGGUCGGAACCCAUCCACACUCGGCGAUUGAUUGUGCGGUCGAAGAAUCGCAGCGGCGAACAUUCACAUCAACCCUCGACGGGCUACGAAAGAUCGCGCGCAAUGAAGGGACACUGACACUAUGGCGGGGGCUCAGCCCGACGCUGAUGAUGGGAAUUCCGGCUAAUGUCAUAUACUUUGCCGGCUAUGACUGGCUGCGCGCAGAUGAUCGCAGUCCCAUCAAACAACGGGUGGCAGAGGGAUAUGCGCCCUUAGUAGCGGGGGCCUUCGCUCGAGUAGCAGCAGCAGCAGCUACCAGCCCGCUCGAGAUGUUUCGGACGCGUCUCCAAGCCAUUCCAGGGACGGGCGCGGGCCACUUCAAGACCACUGUGGAGGAUUUAUACCACAUGACGCAGGCAAAAGGAUACGGUUCGCUCUGGCGAGGGUUCACUCUUACAAUGUGGCGUGAUGUCCCCUUCUCAGGUCUCUAUUGGUGGGGAUACGAAGAAGUAAAAAAGGGACUCAUUGCGGCCCGCCAGCAGGCCCCGCAUCUUUCGAGCUCUGAUCAAGAGCCCCAAGAAACUACUUUCCAGGCCUUCCUCGAUAGUUUCAUCUCAGGGGCCGUCUCUGGGUCGCUCGCAGCGCUCGUCACUACCCCGUUCGAUGUCGGCAAAACACGACAGCAAGUCUUCCGACAUAUGGAUGACCGCGUGCCCACUGGAGCCCGCGUGAUGUCCACCUCGAGCAUCUUGGCACCCGAGCAACUCUCUCUCCCCAAGUUCCUUAUGCACAUCUUCCGCGAAGAGGGGACCGCCGGUCUGUUUCGUGGCUGGACUGCACGAUGCCUCAAAGUCGCCCCGGCGUGCGCCAUCAUGAUCUCCACCUAUGAACUUGGAAAGCGCAUGGCCAGGGAGGUCAACGAACGUCGACACUCCGAAUAA